AUCCAACUCAUGAGCAACACUCCAAAGAUUCCUCCAAUAAGGGCACUCUGGAAGACCAUCAAAAGAUUAUCCACAUUUUUUUUUCCUUCUUAAGAACAUGAAGCCCUAUUUAGGACAAGGAAUCUUUGGAUGGCUGCAGGGGAAGGAGGCGGUGUUGGAGUUGCAGAAAUUGAGUGGUGAUGAAAAAUUCAAUAACGGCAAAUUCCUGUUCAUCUUCAAAAUGGGGGGCAAGGUGUGGAAGAAGAUGGUCAGGUAGAAUUCUUCAAUUGUGCUUCAACCACUCCAAAAGCACUCCGUGGAAUGUUCUCUCCUCGGCCCAAAGCACCCAUAAAGUAAAUGGUGAGAGACUCUCUCUCUCACCAAUGAAGAGCGUGCAGAGAUGACGAGAUCGAGCCGCGAUGGAGUAGGAAAGAAGUGGGUCACAGUAUAUAAAGACAAGUUCAAGGCAACUUCAGUUCCAGAAGUGAAGAUUAACUUGCAGUGAAACGAGAAGAAGAAGAAAUUGCAAAGGAGAAAUUUGUUCAAUCGGAAGAACUAUUUUCUCAUUCACACCCACACCUCUUUCAACUGCUGCUUCGCUCUGAAAAGACAUACAUUUCACCUUUAAAGGGCACACGAACAGACGUCAGAAAAAUGCUCAAGACACAGGUGACAGGAUGGUGCUUCUUUGUGCUACUGGCGGCCAAUUGUGUAUUUGCUCUGCCCAAUCAAUAUAGACCACGAGAAAUUGUUGCGAGUCAGCGCCUUGUGGAGCCACAACGGGUGUCUGCAGCUCGUGUUGAGGAGAUCAACCGAAAGUUCGCAGAGAAGCCAAAUGCCCUGAAGAAGGUGGCUCUCGAUGAUAUUGACGAUGACAUCCAGACCAAUCAGAUUCAAGAGACUGGUCUGGGAUUCUCCUGGACCAAUAUGUUGGGUACAAUGCUGCAGAUGCUAUUUCCAGGCGGUGGAAAUAACAGUCCCACCAAAAGUGAUGACAUUGACAACAAUGUGGGCUUCACACAGUCUCCCUGGACCAAUUUACUAUCCGUCGGUUUGAAGAUCCUAACAGCCAUCCUGGGCGGUGGACAAAACAAUGAUGGCAUCGAUAAGGUCGAUAAUGGUGGUGGUGGAUCUCCAAUGCAGGGAAUCCUGGCGGCUGUUCUCUCAACAAUGUUGGGCGCAAAGGAUCCUGAGCAAGUUAACACGAUGGCCAAGCAGGCUGGUGAGUUCAUCAAUAUUGUCAUGAAUCUCUUGGAUGCCCUCAAGACAUCCUUUUCACAUCGCUCCAUCAGGGCACGUUCGAUUGGCAAGAAGGAUUCCGUGAGUGAUGCUGCUGUUGCUGGACUGUCCAUGCUCAAGAGCUACGUGAAGACAUACAAGAAUUCUGAAGAUAAAUGCAUGCAGAAGUAUCUGUGUGAGGCCAAUUCCGAGUGCAAUGCCGAUAUCGGGGGCACAAGUAUAUUCUGCCAAUUGGGAACAUAUGCCACCAGUUUUGUUCUAGAACGAACCACCAGCACUGCCUUCGAGACUUUCUACGAGGCUGGUCGUCAGGGAAGAUCCGGUGUGGACUGCCGACAGCUCUAUCUUGAAUGCAACGAAGUUUAAUUGAAAAAAAAAACUCUCCGAACACGUGACAAAGUUAUUAAGUAUAAUUUAUAUACAAUUUCCCUUAUGUAAUUUAUUUAUUUAUAUCCUAGGGUAGAGUGAAAUAAAUUGAAUGUGUGUGUGUUUAGCUCUUAUAGAACGAAAAAAAA